AUGAGGGCCCAUACUCCUCAGGGCUUGGGAGAUUCUCAAAGAAGAAGAUCUUCGACCAGCGGUGGACAUAGAAUGAGUAUGGGUAGUGCUAUUCCUCGUGCUCAAUCCAGAAUGUCUAUUGCACGCCCAUCAAACACUCAACCCAGUUUCGACUUUUUAACAGGCGCGGAGACUACCCAUAGACCGCCAUCACGAACAGACCGAUUCCGACAAUCAACCAGGACCGUAAUCGAUGAAGCUAGAAAGGAGUCACUCUAUACUGAGGUCGAUCAAGACGCCGAUAGAAGGAAGAAAGAAUUGGAUGAAUUAAAGGCUGAAGUAAAGUCAUUGAAAUACACCAUCGACAAUCACAAACAAGAGGAAGAGCUUGCAAAAUUGAGACACGAAAAUGAACUUCGAGAUGCCACACGCAAAGCUGAAGAAGAUUUCAAGCAAAAACAAAUCGCAGAAGGGGAAAGAAAUAAGGCUGUGAGACAAUAUGAAGCUAUACUCAACGAAAUGAAUGAAGUUCGUGACGCUUCAAGUAAUAAAAAGACAGCAUUAGAGAAGAGAAUUCGCAAAGUGGAGGAAAGCAAGCGUAUCUUGGAAGAGGAAAUCGAGGAAAUCAAAACAGAAAGUGAAGAAGGUAGCCGUAUACUGGAAAGGCGAGUCUCGGAGCUCGAAACAAGGAACCAGACUUUGCAACGUAGCGUCCAAGAUUUACAGGAAGACUCGGAUCGAAGAGAGGCGUUAUUGCAGGAUGUUCAGCAACAGUUGGCUGAUAAAGAUACGGCAUAUGGAGCUCUUGAGGCUGAAGUCUUGCGACUCAAAGCACAGACUGGGGAUACCGACACACUCGAGGUGAUCAAGAGAGAAUUGAGCGAGCAGGUCACACAUAUUAGGAAUCUUGAAGCAACCAAUCGAGAACAAUCGGCCGAAUUAAAGCAUUAUAAGAAGUUACACAAGAGUGUGGAAGUCGUUGAAGAGGAGAAACGAAGCUUGCAGAGGAAAGUCGAGGCUAUGGAUGAUCUACGGAAUGAACUUGGAGAGGCAAUACUACAAAGACAAAGACUUGAAGAUGAACGUUUAGCAUGGACUGCAUACCUUCAAAAUCAGAGUGGUGUUGACGGCCAAUUCGAGUUUAAUUCCCCGGAAGAUUUGGCAAGAGCACUUGUUGAAGAGAGGAUGCAAAUUGCCACUUUAGUGGAGCGACUGGGUGCUAUGGAGUCUGAAAUCCUUGACAAAGACAACAUCAUAGGCGGCUUACAAAAUGAUAAGAAGUCUAUGAUUGAGGAGAUGGAAAAAGUCAGGGCAGCCGGAAGCAACGCUGGUGGUGGAGAUGCCAAGGCUCGUUUGCGACUUGAAAGACAGCGGGCUUUGGCCAUCAAGGAAGUUGAAUAUUUGCGCGCGCAGCUUAAGACUUUCGAUGCUGAAGAUGAAGCCUUCGGAGCCGGUGAUAACAUUGAUGAUGCCAAAAUCAAGCGUAUUGAAGAGCUGGAAAGUAUUGUUGAUGAAUAUCGUCAAGAGGUACAAUCCCUUCAAACUGACCUUGCAACCGCCGAAUCAGCACAACCUACUACGGCGACUCUUGCUGGUACCAAACAUGCACGAGAAGAGACUGAAGAGAACGAACGCAUAGGAGUUCUCACUCGGAAAAACCGUAAACUUCAAGACGACAUCACAACUCUCCAAACAUCACAAAAGCUUCUCCAGAAAGAGCUCGCCGUCACCCAGGAGCGCCUAACAGCCGCAACUACUCACUCUCAGACACGCAUUCUAUCUCUUCGCUCCAAUCCAACCUCCAACUUUGAGGCUAUCAAACUCUCCACCAUCAGAGCACUCCGUGCAGAAAAUGCAGACCUCCUUGCACAGCUCACUACUAACCUUCCGCCUAACGCCUCAGUUCCCCUCUCUACCCUUCAAACUCAACAGGAUCUAGUCGCCGAAUCUCAAGCUGCACUCAAGGAUGAAAGAACCCGAAAUGACCGCCUCAAAAAGGUGUGGGGCCUUAAAUCCCAAGAGUUUCGUGAUGGUGUGUCUUCUCUCCUAGGAUGGGACGCUGUGUUCAUGCCCAAUGGAAAGAUGCGAGUAACAUCCUUUUACUACCCUUCAGUCGGAGAAGAAGAGAACAGUAUAGUAUUUGAUGGAGAGCGAGGAACGAUGAAAGUAAGCGGUGGUCCUGAAAGUAGAUUCGCAGGAAGAAUAAUGGAAAAUAUCAAAUUCUGGGUUAAUGAAAGAGGUAGCAUUCCCUGUUUCUUAGCAGCCUUGACAUUGGAGUUUUAUGAGGAGAAAAAGGGUGAUGGUACGGUAAUGGUCGGUUGA